CGACUUGGCCACGAGAACGGGUUCUGGGAGAGAAACUCCUGCCGGUGCUGCUGCGAGUUUUACUGGGACUACUCCGACAAUAUGGAGGCUCAGGUUUUACUGUAAUCUGUCAAAAGUCUUGUACUUUGACAAGUAGUUGAUCAUCUGUUCCAAUUUUUUAUAUUAAAUAUUUAUAAAUUAUAACUUUUAUUACAUAAUUAAAAGAAUAAAUAAAUAAAUAUUCAAAAUGUUAACCGCCGCGGCAAGUACUCUGUCAAAUAAUUCUGGCGGUUCGUACAGCAACGAUCGGCCUUUAGGAGCAAGUGGAGAUACUGAGCUGGGUACUGAUCCGGCUUCUGGAGGAUUUUUUCACUCAGACUACAAAAAGCAUGAAGACUUGAAACAAAUGUUGGACAGCAAUAAAGAUGGACUCAAGUUGGAAGCUAUGAAACGUAUCAUCGGAAUGGUCGCCAAAGGCAGAGAUGCGUCAGAUUUAUUUCCAGCGGUUGUAAAAAACGUCGUGUCGAAAAAUAUCGAAGUUAAAAAACUAGUGUACGUUUACUUGGUGCGUUAUGCCGAAGAUCAGCAAGAUCUUGCUCUCUUGUCGAUAUCAACAUUUCAGAGAGCACUGAAGGAUCCAAAUCAGCUGAUAAGAGCCAGCGCACUGAGAGUUCUCUCUUCUAUACGAGUCCCCAUGAUUGUUCCGAUCGUUAUGCUCGCGAUAAAAGAUUCUGCGAGUGACAUGUCGCCGUAUGUGAGAAAAACAGCAGCUCAUGCGAUCCCGAAAUUGUAUUCUCUGGAUCCAGAGCAGAAGGAUGAGCUGAUAAGUGUUUUAGAAAAAUUGUUGUCCGACAAAACUACUCUGGUUGUUGGUUCUGCUGUUAUGGCCUUUGAAGAAGUCUGUCCAGAAAGAAUAGAUCUUAUUCAUAAAAAUUAUCGUAAGCUUUGUAAUUUACUGGUUGAUGUUGAUGAGUGGGGGCAAGUUGUUAUUGUAAAUAUGUUGACACGUUAUGCUAGAACACAGUUUAUUAAUCCAAAUAUCGACGAUGUUGAGGAAGAUGAGAACCGGCCGUUUUAUGAUUCAGACUCGGACUCAUCAAACGUCAAAAAAACAAAAUUUUCAUUGGACGCAGAUCAUCGUUUAUUGCUAAGAAAUACAAAGCCAUUGUUACAAAGUCGUAAUGCGUCUGUUGUAAUGGCGGUUGCUCAAUUAUAUCACCAUGUGGCACCAAGAAGUGAAGUUAUGAUUGCCGCUAAGGCUUUAAUAAGACUUUUGAGAAGCCAUCGAGAAGUGCAGAGCAUUGUUCUUCACUGUAUUGCCAGUAUCUCUAUUGCAAGAAAGGGAAUGUUUGAACCAUUUCUCAAGUCGUUUUUCGUCAGGACAUCAGAUCCAACGCAUAUUAAAUUACUGAAGUUAGAUAUCCUGACAAAUUUGGCGACGGAAACAAGUAUAAGUGUUAUACUCAGAGAGUUCCAGACUUAUAUUUCAAGUAGUGACAAAGAAUUCGUGGGUGCUAGUAUCCAAGCCAUCGGAAGGUGUGCGAGCAACAUCAAAGAAGUUACUGACACAUGUUUGAAUGGAUUAGUUUCUUUACUAAGCAAUCGCGACGAAGUCGUCGUGGCUGAGAGUGUCGUCGUUAUAAAAAAACUUUUGCAAACGCAACCGAACGAACACAAAGAAAUAAUAGCACACAUGGCUAAACUGAUGGACUUCAUAACAGUACCGCAAGCAAGAGCAUCAAUACUUUGGCUUCUAGGUGAAUACUCUGACCGGGUGCCAAAGAUUGCUCCAGAUGUCCUCCGUAAAAUGGCUAAAAGUUUUAUCAAUGAGAAAGAUAUUGUCAAGUUACAAAUAUUAAAUUUAGCUGUCAAGUUGUGUCUUAAUAAUCCGGAUCAGACAAAAUUAUUUUGUCAAUACGUAUUCCAACUUGCGAAGUACGAUCAGAACUAUGACAUAAGAGACCGGGCACGUUUUUUACGUUACUUUAUAUUUGAUGAUGACAAUAAUGGAGAUAAAAAAUUAGCCAAGUGCGCUAAGAAAAUAUUUUUCGCUCCUAAACCCGCGCCGACACUCAUGUCAAGAUUCAAAAGCUCACAAGGUUAUCAACUGGGCACCUUGUCACACUAUCUUGACAUGCCUUGCGCUGGAUACAGACCACUGCCAGAUUUCCCGGAAGUCGCACCAGAUCCAUCAGUCAGAGACGUCGCGGAGCCGAUAAUUACCCAUCAGCCGCGAGAGAAGAGACACAGCAGGAAGGAUAAAAAAAUAAAAGAAAAAUCAUUUUACAGCGAGGAUGAAAGUUCACCUGAUGACGGAGAGUCGGAAGACGAUUCCUCAGAGACUUCAUCGAGUGAAUCGACUGACUCAGAUGACAGUUCAGAAUCCGAUUACUCAUCAGAGUCAAAUAAAUCACAAGAGCCUAUCAAAAAAAUUGUUAAUAAUUCGCAGUCUGAAACGUCCGACAGUGGUUCUAAUUCAGACGACUCUGCGUCUGAUGACAACAGCGAAUCAUCAAGUGAAGUUGAAGUUAAAAAUACAGAUAACAAAAUUUAUAAUAAGAAAGACAAAGUAACUGAGGCUAAACCCAAAAGUAGUCUUGAUUUGUUGCUUGAUUUAGAUGACGUAAUACCGAUGACUCCAGUGAUGACUCCGAGCUUAGGAGGUUUUUUGACUCCAAUAAAUCCGGCGACUUCUAUUAAUGGUAUUACACAAGUAUCAGCAUUUUUUACUCCUACCCGGAGAUCAGAACUUGUCAAUAAAAUAACAGGACGUGGACUGAAAAUAGAGUCAAGAUUUACACGUUGUCAGCAUUUAGUUAAUCCGGUGAUGGUCAGUGUGGAGCUGACGUUCAUAAAUGAAACCAGUGAAUCAAUAACAAAUAUCAGAGUUGGUAAUAAAAAUUUAUCAUCUGGGAUGCUGAUACACGACUUUGCACCCAUAUCCGUUUUGCAAUCGAACAUGACACUGUCAUCGAUCAUUGGAAUUAAUUAUAAUGAUUCAACACAACCCGCAAAUUUUAAUAUCGAGUACACGAUAGCUGAUGAAACUCACGCGCCUCUGGUUCAAUUGAAAGCUCCUAUUGGAGAAAUAAUACGUGCUGUACAACUUUCGGAUGACAUGUUCAAUGUCGAGAAGGAUAAACUCAAGGGUAUGAAUGAGCACAGCACGAAAAUAAAUUUUUCUGUUAAUAAAAAAGAUUUGACACAGAAAAUUAUUGAGGCUGGUAAUUUUGCUAUUAUUUCAAAUGAAAAUAAUACCACGCGGUUUGCUGCUCAUACAUUGACGUCAAAAUCUCUGGUAUUGGUGACAGUCAAAUUACUGGAUGAUCAACAAAUUGAAAUAAUUGUAAAUUGUGAAAAAAUGGUUAUAGGUUCAAUGUUGUUGAAUGAGAUUAAAGGAUAUUUACAAUAAUAAUUAUAAUAAUAAUAAUGAUAAAAUUAUGAGUGUGGGUGUAGCUGACAGCUGUCAAUUUUUCAAAUUUUUGAAUAAAUAAAUAAAAUGUAAGAAUAAAAAUUUUUAAAAAAUACGUGCUUAGAUAAUUGAAAAAUUAUUACGCGCAUUUUUUUAAAUUUCAUUGUUUCAAUUAAUUUAUUUAAUUAUUUAAAAGUUAUGAAUUGUCUGA